GGCCGGGAGGCUCAGCCCGCGCAGCCAUGGGCUCCCGAGGUUCCCACGCCGCGCGCAUUCCCGACGGGGACAGCAUCCGGCGGGAGACCGGCUUCUCGCAGGCCAGUCUGCUCCGCCUCUACCACCGGUUUCGGGCCCUGGACAGGAACAAGAAGGGCUACCUGAGCCGCGUGGAUCUGCAACAGAUUGGGGCGCUGGCCGUGAACCCCCUGGGAGAACGCAUUAUAGACAGCUUCUUCCCUGACGGGAAUCUGCGAGUGGAUUUCCCAGGCUUUGUCAGAGUCCUGGCUCAUUUUCGACCUGUCGAUGAUGACGACUCAGGCAUGCGAGAUCCCAAGCAACCGGAACCCCUCAACAGCAGAAUGAACAAACUUCGUUUCGUAUUUCAGCUCUAUGACCUGGAUCGAGAUGGAAAGAUCUCCAGGCAUGAGAUGUUACAGGUCCUCCGGCUGAUGGUUGGGGUGCAGGUGACAGAAGAGCAGUUGGAGAGCAUCACCGACCGCACGGUGCAGGAAGCGGAUGAAGAUGGGGAUGGGGCUGUGUCCUUCCUGGAGUUCACCAAGUCCUUAGAGAAGAUGGACAUCGAGCAGAAAAUGAGCAUCCGGAUCCUGAAGUGACCCCCUUUGUGCCUCUUACACGGGCCAGUUCAGCCUGGGAUUCGUCUUCAGCCCCCGACAGAGGCAGGGCCUCCAUAAACUGUACUUUUGUGUCUAUACUAAACUCCAUUUAAGGCCAAGGAGAGAAAGCCGGAAGGGCGUGUACUAAAUAAAGCCUAACUCAUUUGACCUCAAAUUAGUGAAUCCGCCAGCAAUCUUCUGCAAGCAACUGAAAACCCAACUUGCAGCAACUUCAGUUAAAAAGGGAUUUGUAGGGGCUCACGGAAUUAAAAAAGUUUGAAAAGUAUCUUCAGAAUGCUGGAAAAGUCUGGAAGGGUCUUCUGGCACAGUUAGAUCCAAAGGGCUCACACAAUGCUAUCAGGACUCAGUGAUUCAUUUCUCAAUCGGCUUUCUUUUGUGUUGGCUUUAUUCUCAGGAGGGCUCUUUAUGGCCAUCAGCCCUCCUCCUCAAAGUGUCAAAAAGGGAUAUUAGCAAGUGUCUGUACCAAACAGAGCUUCUCUUUGGUGACCUGAAGGAUCAAGGAAGACUUGGGAAGGAAAUAACUUUGCACCACGUGACUCUGGGAUGUUACUUAAAGCCGAGAGGUUACUACCAGACACCAAACCAUGUACAUGAGCUGUGUGUUCCCUACACUGUGGGAACCCCAAGCUGAAGGGCACUGUGACCAAGAAGUCCUGGGCAGAGCUUUGCCUCCUGCUGGGACAGUUUGGAAGCAGCCAAAAGCGAGCUAGACAUCCUGGUCCUCAGGCUGGCUACUGGGUAGAUUGGGACUGGCAAGAGGUUGGCCAUGGAAAUGGAGUCAACUCACAAGGUCAAGUCCAGGAAAAAGGAGCAGGGCGUUAGGACGGAUGAUUCAUUGUAGAGCUGGAGGUGUGAGUCGUCAGGGAGGGG